GACUUGUUGAGCACGGAAGAAUGGUAACUUCCCAUAUAAAUACAAAGACGAAGAACGAGUCAAAAGGAAUAUUCCCUUCAAAUUUCACGAAACCGUAUAAAUUCAAUUCAAACACACUACUUAGAAGAAGUUUCCACAAUUUGUUCAGCAUUUUUCUCGUCUUCUCUCUCUAGGGUUUCUCUCUCUCAUCCUCUCUCUCUCUCUCUCUCUGCGCGCGAUUAGGAAAAAUGUAAGUGGUGACGCUUACUGAUCUUCAUCUUGUGCAUUCUCUCUCAUUUUUUUCUGUUUCCAUGUAAUUCGUGCAAUUGUUCGUUCGUCUGUUUGGAUUUUGAAUUGAAUUUUUUGUUCGUAAUGUGUGAUAAUUCGUAAUCGCGAAUGGAUUUCUGAAUCGAAUACAAGAACACCAAUCGACAAAAGCACAAAAAGGAAAAGAGGCAAAAUCAUGGAAGCUGCAGUAAAGAACAUUUCUCCUCUUCCUCAGAAGAAAGAAAACAAGGAUAUCAAAGACACGGUGAAGCACAUUGUCCUCCCUUUCCUCCCUGCAAAAACCCUCGUCCGGUUCAAGUCCGUUUCCAAAGAAUGGGAGAAUUGGAUAAGUAGCCCCUUUCUAGUCCACGAGCAGAGCUACUACUUCAAGAACUUAUCCGGUUUCUUUUGCCAGCACGAACAGGGAGUUCCAACUUUCGUAAGCCUCGAUCAAAAUGCUUACGGACUUCCAAAUACCUCUCUCGAUUUUCUGCCCGAACAAACAAACAUCCUAAGUUCUAGCAGUGGCUUACUCCUCUGCCAAGGCCAACAAGAAAACAAUCCUUACUACGUUUGCAACCCCGCAACUCAGAAAUGGACGGAGAUCCCUCCACAUAGCCUCUACCACGAUUCUCCACCUGCAAUCAUACUUGCAUUCGAGCCUUCGCUGCUCAAUAUGAGGCCCGAUUAUCAUCUGAUCUGUGCAGUACCUUUGCUCGGCCAGCCGGUGGUUAUCUUCGAAAUGUACUCCUCCGAAAAUCAGACAUGGACUAUUCUGGACAGCUGUGUGCUUGUGGAGACAGGGGAAAGCUUGUCCUUCACCGGUAAUGGGAUACUACAUGAAAGGGAUUGCUUAUUGGGAAACGUCGAAUCGAAAAUUACUGCCUGUCGAGCCGAGGGUGGCAGUGCACGAGAUUAUCUCUUUACCGAAUGACAGUAUUGGAACUUUGACACAGAUUGAAGGUGAGUUGUGCUAUAUCAGUGUUUGUGCUACUGGUUCGAAGAAUGGCUACUGUGUGAGGAUUUACAGCGGGAUCAAGAUGGGGUUGAAGUGUAAGGUGGUAGUGCAUCUUGAUUCGGGGUUUGACGAGUCCGUCUGGAGUUAUUACAGGGUCAUGCCUUGUCUUGCUGGGAACUUGGUGAUGGUUCUUGUUGGUCGGUUUGUCUACUCUUGCAGAAUAAGGAUCGGUCAUUGGUCAGUGGAAGUGGUGAGUAGGGCUGAUAUUGAUUCUGCUAAUGCUGAAGAUACCAAAUAUCUGGCUUAUGUGAAUAGUCUGGUCCAUGUGGCUUAAAGAGAAGCUUCUAGAACACGGUUGUUUUUUCGGCUGAAGAUUCGAUGAAUAGGAAGGAUACUGUAAAUUCGAAUAAUACCACUUGUCCUUAGUUUUUUUUUUUUGGUUUUGUUUUUUGGGGUUAUUGAGAGGUGUAAGAGUUUACUUCAUCUUGGUUAAGAGAUGGAUGCAUGCAUACAUAUGAAAGCUGGUAGAGUAUCUGAAUCUUUCUUUUCUGUGUAUAUAUAAUGAUUUUGGAUUCGGAAGUUUCUUUCGGUUAAUGAUUCAGAUUUCUUCUU